AUGGACCUCACAAGCCAUCUUGUAGCCGACGGUGGCGAUGCAUCCAUUGAUCACCAUCCUACUCUACGGUCCCUUACAUUCCAACUGCAAAUACCCGAAGGCGAGGCCGAAGGCCAACAGUGGAGUCACAAACUGUACCGCAGAAAUCAUGGUCAAGCCGUCGAAGUGGUGUAUAGCACGACACUGAACGAUUCGGAGCAACUCGCCCAGCUAUUUAUCGGAGAAGAAGUCCUGGGGUUUGACAUGGGGUGGGUAUACAAGCCAAUGGAACCGAAAUGGCAAGCCACCCGUCUUCAGGAGAAAGUGUCUGUCAUCCAAUUGGCGGCUGAAGAUAAGAUUGGGAUUUUCGAUGUCGCACGCCAUGUCGGAAAAACUACCCAGCAACUGAUCGCCCCGACACUUCAGAAGAUCAUUGAGGAUCCCGGGAUCGUCAAGACGGGCGUCAACAUCCUGAAUGCGGACUUUGCGCGUCUAGAAAAGCAUUUUGACCUCAAGCCUCAAGGUGAUAUGGAACUCAGUCACCUUCACAUGCUGGUAACUUACAGACCGGAUAAACCCCACAGGCUAUACACCAGCCUUGUACGAUAG